AUGGUCUGCACAGUGCUCAUUCCCAAGCCCAGCAAGGCUCCGAACAUCGAGAACAUCAGGUCGAUUUCUCUAACGUCCUGCGUCAGCAAGGUCAUGGAGCGCGUCGUUCUUAACAAGCUCAACGGGUACCUCGAAGACAACAAGGUUUACGUGCACAACACGAUCGGCUUCCGUGGUGGACUCUCCACGCAGGAUGCCAUGGAACUAUUCAAACAUCAGAUCGUGGCUGGCCUUUCCGGAGACGCCAAGGCUUUGCUCGACCUGGAUCUCGGUUCCAGAUUCCACAGCUACGUCAGCUCUUUUCUAACGGACAGGAAGGCCAAGCUUCGAAUUAGAGACUUCCACUCCGACGAUGUGCCUCUCGGAGGACGGGGCACUCCUGAGGGCGCCUCAUUUCACCCACACUGUUUAACGUCUGUAUGA